UAUGUGUCGAAAUGGGUGGAAGCAAAAGCCACUCGAACUAAUGACUCUAAGGUUGUUGCAGAUUUCAUCAAGUCUAACAUCUUUAGCAGGUUUGGCAGGCCUAGAGUUCUUAUUAGUGAUGGUGGUUCCCACUUUUGCAAUCGAACGAUUGAGGCUCUCUUGAAGAAGUAUGAUGUAACACAUAAGGUUUCUACACCUUAUCACCCCCAAACAAGUGGACAAAAGGAGGCGAAACCAAGGCUCAUCAGAUGGAUCCUACUCUUGCAAGAAUUUGACGUGGAAAUCAAGGACAAGAAGGCUAGUGAAAACGUGGUAGCUGACCACUUGAGUCGCUUGGUGCAUGCAGAAGAUCAUCUCCCUCUGGUGGAGACAUUUCCAGAUGAGCAACUCUUUGGACUUCAGGUAAGUGAACCAUGGUAUGCAGAUAUUGUGAACUAUAUUGUGUCUAGGAAGAUUCCUGAUACCAUGUCACGUGCUCAUAGAGAUAGGCUUAAGAAAACUGUUAAGCAAUAUGUUUGGGAUGAACCUUAUCUAUGGAAAUAUUGUUCUGAUCAAUUGAUUAGAAGAUGUGUGCCUGAACAUGAAACUUGUGAUAAGUGCCAAAGAACAGGAAACCUAGGUCCUAGAGAUCAAAUGCCCUUGACUAAUAUCAUAACUGUUGAAAUCUUUGAUGUCUGGGGUAUAGAUUUCAUGGGACCUUUCCCAUCAUCUUUUGGGUUUAUAUAUAUCUUACUUGCAGUGGACUAUGUUUCCAAAUGGGUGGAAGCAAAGGCCACUAGAACUAAUGACUCUAAGGUUGUUGCAGAUUUUAUCAAGUCUAACAUCUUUAGCAGGUUCGGAAUGCCUAGAGUUCUCAUUAGUGAUGGUGGAUCCCAUUUUUGCAAUCGGACGAUUGAGGCUCUUUUGAAGAGAUAUGAUGUGACACAUAAGGUUUCUACACCUUAUCACCCCCAAACUAGUGGGCAGGCUGAGGUUUCUAAUCGUCAGAUCAAGGGGAUAUUGGAGAAGACUGUGAACCCCAACAGGAAGGACUGGUCCUUGCGUCUAGAAGAUGCUCUGUGGGCCUACAGAACUGCAUACAAAACUCCCAUAGGUAUGUCCCCAUAUCGAAUAGUUUAUGGCAAACCUUGCCAUUUACCUGUGGAGUUGGAGCAUAGAGCUUGGUGGGCUGUGAAGCAGUUCAACAUGGAUAUUGAUGAAGCUGGGCUUCAUAGGAAGUUGCAAUUGCAAGAGUUAGAGGAGAUUAGGAAUGAUGCCUUCGAAAGUGCUAAGAUUUACAAGGAUAAGACUAAGGCAUUCCAUGACAAAAUGAUUCGAAGGAAGACUUUUCGCCUAGCUGGACAUGACUACUACUGCUUCCUGGAUGGAUACUCUGGUUACAACCAGAUUGCAAUUGCAAAUGAAGAUCAAGAGAAGACAACCUUCACUUGCCCCUUUGGAACGUUUGCCUAUAGACGUAUGCCUUUCGGACUUUGCAACGCUCCAGGUACCUUUCAGAGGUGUAUGGUAAGUAUCUUUUCAGAUUAUAUUGAGAAAAUCAUAGAGGUAUUCAUGGAUGACUUUUCAGUUUUUGGAAAGAAUUUUGAUGAUUGUCUUAAUAAUCUGGAGAUAAUUCUGAAACGUUGCAUGGAAACUAACCUUGUCUUAAACUGGGAAAAAUGCCAUUUUAUGGUUAAACAAGGAAUAGUUCUAGGACAUAUUGUCUCUGCUAGGGGUAUAGAGGUUGAUAAAGCCAAGGUUGAUAUUGUGCGUCACUUACCCUCUCCCACUUCUGUGAGAGAGAUUCGUUCUUUCCUUGGUCAUGCAGGUUUUUACAGGAGGUUCAUCAAGGACUUCUCCAAAAUUUCGAGACCCUUAUGUCAACUACUCCAGAAGGAUGUGCCCUUUCACUUUGACAAGGAGUGUCAAGAAGCUUUUGACAAGCUUAAGGAGUUGUUGACAUCUGCCCCCAUCAUGUUACCUCCAGACUGGUCCUUGCCCUUUGAGUUAAUGUGUGAUGCCUCUGACUACGCAGUUGGAGCCGUUUUGGGACAAAGGAAGGAAAAGCUGCCCUAUGCCAUCUACUACGCGGAUGGAUACUCUGGUUACAACCAGAUUGCAAUUGCAAAUGAAGACCAAGAGAAGACAACCUUCACUUGCCCCUUUGGAACAUUUGCUUAUAGACGUAUGCCCUUCGGACUUUGCAACGCUCCAGGUACUUUUCAGAGAUGUAUGGUAAGUAUCUUUUCAGAUUAUAUUGAGAAAAUCAUAGAGGUAUUCAUGGAUGACUUUUCAGUUUUUGGAAAGAAUUUUGAUGAUUGUCUUAAUAAUCUGGAGAUAAUUUUGAAACGUUGCAUGGAAACUAACCUUGUACUUAAUUGGGAAAAAUGCCAUUUUAUGGUUCAACAAGGGAUAGUUCUAGGACAUAUUGUCUCUACUAGGGGUAUAGAGGUUGAUAAGGCCAAGGUGGAUAUUGUGCGUCACUUACCCUCUCCCACUUCUGUGAGAGAGAUUCGUUCUUUCCUUGGCCAUGCAGGUUUUUACAGGAGGUUCAUCAAGGACUUCUCUAAGAUUUCGAGACCCUUAUGUCAACUACUCCAGAAGGAUGUGCCCUUUCACUUUGACAAGGAGUGUCAAGAAGCUUUUGACAAGCUUAAGGAGUUGUUGACAUCUGCCCCCAUCAUGUUACCUCCAGAUUGGUCCUUGCCCUUUGAGUUGAUGUGUGAUGCCUCUGACUAUGCAGUUGGAGCUGUUUUGGGGAAAAGGAAGGACAAGCUACCCUAUGCCAUCUACUACGCCUCAAGGACUCUCAAUGAUGCACAAAUGAACUACUCCACCACAGAGAAAGAGCUCCUUGCAGUUGUCUUUGCCCUUGAGAAGUUUCGCUCUUAUUUACUUGGUACCAAAGUUACUAUCUUUACUGACCAUGCAGCUUUAAAAUACUUGAUGACCAAGAAGGAGGCGAAACCA